AGUAAAAUACUUUACACGCGAUCCCACGAAGCAAAUGCUUCGAAUUCAGGUAAUAAAGGAUGAACAGUUGAUGAGUAAUAGGCUGUUUCAAGGAGGAGAUUGGUCCACUGCCAGUGUCUCCGUAGGGGCAUCUUCAAGGAUCAAGAUUCAUUUCAUUGUUUACGUCUACAAUAAUUUGCCUGUUCUUAUAGACGACAUAGCCAUAACGGCUAAGAAAUGUGGUGCUUGUUCACAGUGGUAUUAUGGAUCGGAUUGUGAAAAAAUGUCCAAAUGCAACCGUACAAAUACUCUCUCAUAUGGCCACCAAGAUCAAUGCAACUGCAGUUCAAAUUGGUUUGGUGAAAAAUGUGACUGUUUUAAAUCAGAAAAUGAUGCAUGCCUUAAACAAGGAGAGGUCUGCAUGGGAGGUCGUUGUUUAUGUAGGGAUGGAUAUACAAGAGUUGGAAUAGGUUGCAGGGAUAUUGAUGAAUGCAAAUUUUUAUGCAAAAGUUCUCUUCAAACAUGCAAAAAUACGAAUGGAUCUUAUUCAUGUACUUGUAAUAGGGGUUCUUUUGGAGAUGGUACAAUUUGCUCAGAAUCUCCUCUCGCCAUAACAAAUGGGUCUACACCAAUGAAUGGAACCAUACUGAUGUGGCGAGACAAUAUAUGGGGAGCGGUUUGUCAGCCCUUUGAUCUGUUUACAGCUAUGCUAGCAUGCAAUACACUUUUCGGUGAUGAUAUACAUGGUGUUCAUCUUGCUCAACAAGGAGGUUACAAAUCGCCAAAUGGAGUUGCAUAUAAGUCCUUCGUAUGUGAUAAAAAAAGUAAGAGAUUUGACCUCACAAAAUGUAACGUCUCAAUAGAACCAUGUGACACAGAAAAGGAUGCAGUGCAAUUAUCCUGUGGUGUCUGUGGCGGUGUAUACAAGUCUCAGUUUGGACUAGUGGAGCCACCUCUACAAGUCCCGGCAAACACAUUGUGCUUUUAUUUAUUGAAACCAUUCAACUCGAAAACGAUCAACGCCACAUUCAUUUCUUUCUCAUUAAAUUCAAUUGAUCAGUUUCGAAGAAGACGAUCUUCAUCUCUAAUUCCAUGCGAUGAUACAUAUAUAGAGAUAUUUGAUGGUCCAGAUGCAAAUGCGCCUUUUAUCGGCCGCUAUUGUGGCAGUCGACCACGAUUCACUGUCACUUCUACAAGAAAUAGCUUAUUAUUUAUUUAUAAAACAUCAAGAAAUACAUCAAAACACGAUUUCCAGAUUAUCUACGAAACAGAGAAGAGUGUGGAAGAUCCUCACGCACUGGGGGAACGCUGUAGUCACUCUGUGCAGUGUGUAGCAAACAAUGCCUCCUGUAUCAGAAACAUAUGUACUUGUGAUAAAGAUUAUUACAUGUUUGAUAGUGCCACUUGUUUGGAACGGAAAAGUUUGAACUCUUCAUGUAGUGUAAAUGAACAAUGCAAGACUUCUUAUUGCCAUGCUAAGAACCAAGUGUGUUAUUGUCCACUGUACUCAGAAAUUGAUGAAGUAAAUGAAGUAUGUGUUGCCAUACGAGCAAAAUCACAGCAAGAACAACAACAACAGUGGUUGGUCCCCGUCCUCCUGCUCAUCAUCAUAAUCAUAAUAAUACUUAUUGCUGCCAUCGUUAUCUUCGCUAAAAAGAAGGGAUACAUUCUACGGGGGACAGGAAAUGAUGCUACUUUCACAUAUUCGGAGCUAAUGGCAGCAUCCAACUCUGAAUUUAACACAGGUGAUAAAAUUUCGCAUCGAUGCUCCGUAAUUUCUAUAAGCCAAGCAGGGGAAGGUAAUCACAGAAUACGUUUGAGUACAUUUGGAGAUACAUUUGAAAGUUUGUGUGAUUAUGUUAAUUGGCCAGAAGAAGAAUUUAGGAGUAUACUGAGAUCCUGUGAGGAGAGACCAACAGACAUCGGGACAGCAUCACAGAAUAGACAUAAAAACAGAAAUAGAGACGUAUUGCCAUACGACUACAACAGAUUAAGGGAAUCUGGUGUAACCAGUGUGGACGACUACAUCAACGCAAGUGUUAUAGAGGGUCUACAUAGUCACUACCCUUAUUACAUUGUGACACAAUAUCCACUCAUUUCGACUCAAAAUGACUUUUGGGGGAUGGUGUGGGAGCAAAGAGUAACAUCGAUUAUUAGUCUUGUUUCAGGCAGCGAGAAGGAAGUAUACUUUCCAACAAGGACGGGUAUGACAAGAAGCUUCGGGAAAAUCAAGGUGCAAACACUGUCAACAUUAACUGUUCACAGGUGUACAUUCCGAUGUUUAAAGAUUGUGAAGGGGUCCAAGAGUCACACUGUAAACCACUUUCAGUCAUCAUUUCUCUCCAAUUUCACGAGAGAUGAGUGUUCAGAUCUUUUGAAUCUCAUUAAUCUUGUACAUUCCAAUUCUGAGGAUGGAAAUGACAGUAGACCACUUGUCAUACACUGCCUGAAUGGAACUGGUAAAUCCGGUGUCUUCGUUGCCAUGGAUUAUCUUAUACAGCUCAUUAGAAAUGGGGAUACGCAUGUCGAUAUUUACAACCUCACACACGUCCUGAUCUCAAACAGGGAGAAAUUAAUAGAAAAUGAGACACAAUACCAGUUCCUGUAUGACUGUGUAGAGUUUUAUUUGGACCAUGAAAAGAAAAGUCCACCCCCUAAAAUAUCAGAGGCUUAUCCAACAGAAGAGGAAGAUAUUGGACUUAUAGAACUGUCCCAUACUAAGACCACAUUCUUUGCAAAGAAGUACUGAGGAAAACUGCCUUUUAAGUUUCAGAAAUUACUUUUCUUUAAAUACUGAAAUACCGGACCAAAAUUAUCCAUUGAACAUUAUGCAUUGAGAUGGACACCCCUUUUAUGUCUAGAUCCGCACAAUUUAUUUUGCAAACUGAGAAUAUUGUUAGCUAUACAAUUAGGUGUUUUGCUGUCCAUUUUUGGGAAUUAAAGUGAAUGAAUUAGAAUAUUUCGGAAAAGUUGUUUAAUGCCUUAAUAUGAUAUGUAUAAAUUAAAAAAAUUAAAGAAUGAGUGAUUGUAACAAUGAUAUGGAUGAUUCAUAACCAGCAAUUGUAAUACUGGCAGAGUUACGUGUUGGUCUCUCUAUUUACAGUAUUCCAAGUCAAUAUGCUGAAUUUUCUCAGGGAAUCUUAAAGACGUUUUAGACAAUUUAUACUGUCUCCAAAAUCAGGUCGAAAAUAUUGAUGUUUAAUCAGGCAUUAAAUAAUUUGUUGAUAGGUUUUAGAAGUCGAUUCUACCAUGCAUCAAACUCCCUCGGGUUGUUGUUUUCAGUAAUGUUGUGUGUUUAAGGAAGAUAUACGGUAUCCUUGUGUAAAACUGAUUCUCUGUUGAACAAGAAAUCAGUAAGAAAUAUUAUGUAUUUACUAAUAAUAUAUUCCUGUUGAUAACAUACUUGUAUAUACCAUACCGUAAGAAACUAUGAGAGAAAAUGAACCGUAGUUCAUGUCGUAUUUUACUUUUAUUUUAUAUUCUUAUAUGCAAAUUAAAUUUCAUUGAUAUAUUUUUAUACCCUAAAUAUGUACUUUAGAAUUUCUCCCAAAAUAAAA